AUGUCCUUGAUCAAUCGCCCUCGUGUUACAGUCAAUGGAAUCAGAAGAAUGAGAACUUUUCAUUACUUCUGGUGUCAAAAUUGCCAACGUGCUUUAAGGUUCACCUCCAUAAACCGGCUUGAAAUCUUUUGUCCGCAUUGCUCUAGAGCACUAAAUCAUGAGCUUGAUGUAGCAAGGCCUAGGCUUAUUGCUGAUCUCACCGGCUUAGAGGCCUCUCCAGGUGCACGGUUGUUGGACUCGUUGGCACAAAUGCUUGAGCCUCCUACAAGGCGGCCGGAUGCUGAAUUUGGUAGAAGAAUCAGAUGGGUACCUGGAAGUGCCAAUAGACCUUGGAUAACCCUCCAGUUUGCUGAACCUCCGACCCCACAAAUACCCGCUAUCGCGGCACCACAGCCUGUUGUUCCUCCUAGUAAUAAUGCUGAUAACAGAAACGAUACUGAAAAUUUCGAUACUGCUGAGGAUGAUCUGCCGCAUCUGCCCGCACAAGAUAUGACUCCUACUGGCCUUCCAGGACCGCCUCCUGCACCAGUUUCGGCAAUCGAAGCAUUGCCGAUGGUGAAAAUCACAGAACAACAUUUGAUGAAUGACAUGCAUUGCCCUGUAUGUAAGGAGAUGUUUGAGGUUGGUGGUGACGUGAUGGAGCUACCGUGCAAACAUUUGUACCAUUUCGAUUGCAUUGUUCCUUGGCUGAACUUGCAUAAUACUUGUCCAGUUUGCCGGUGCGAACUGCAUGACAAAUCUGGUAAUGAUCUUCCAGAACAAAAUGCUGAGUUUUUCAGCUUUGAAGAGGUGACAAACAGCUUCAAUUGGCUGAGGAAUCAGCUCCAUUCUAUACGACCAAUUCGUGCAUUUUCUGAUUGGACACAGAGAUACCUUGAUUUCUUAGACGGUAGACGUGCUACUUCACGUAGAGGCUCUAUACCUCUUCUAACCUAG